CAGUGUUUGGGGAAAUACCAUAAACAAACUGUGUUUCCUGUCAACUUGAACGAGUGUUUCCUCUUUCGUUUCAGCUUAUUGCGACUGCGAAACACACGUUUUGCACCGUCUAGGACUAGUUUUGUGUUGUGUUAUCGUUUGAAGCUGCUGCACCACAGUCUCAGUGUGUUAUUACCCGGAGAAUAACACAUUUUGCUACUAGCUUUUUGGCUGCAGCUGCACCGUGUAGAGAAGAGAAGAGAGAACCAUGUCUGAUUUAAUCCUGGUGCUCCUCUUAGUCGUGCUCCUGGUGUGUUUGCUCAUGACCGUGGCUGGCUUCCUGCUGUACUCUGGACUACUGAGUGAUGUGAUCAUAAAGACUGGGCCACCUCCUGUCAGAAAUGUGACCAUUGCUUAUAAGUUCCAGGAGGGCUCCUACAAGGACUGCGGUGCAGCCUACACAGAGACCUGCAGCAUCGGGCCCAAGCUGAGCACCGUGGGGGUCUUCUAUGAUGACCCCAAACAGAGGCCAGCAGAGAAAUGUCGCUACGUGGUGGGCAGUGUCCUGUGUGAGGGCGAAGAGAAGCCAGAUGAAGAACUGCAGAAGAUGUACGAGAAGUAUGGCUUCAAGUUGUUUUCCAUGCCCGAAGUGAGCCACGCCGUGACCACCAGCUUCGCCUGCACCACGCCUCUGUCUCACGUGCUGGGACCUUACAGGGUCUACCCCAGGCUCGCUUCCUACAUCGAGGAGAGAAAGCUGUGUGCAUUCCCGACUAUUGAGAUCUGUAGCCAAGAUGUCAUCAACUAUAUGGUUCCACUGUCUCGCCAGACAGACUUCUUUGUUCCAGAGAUGAAGGAGGAGGUUAAAACAGAUGUUAAAGAAGAGGACUCAGAUGAGGACAGAGGAACUGACAUUACAGGUGCAGACUCCCACAGUGAUGUGAGUUCAGUGAGCGGCGGCGUGCCAUGGGACAGCAGAGAGACUUCCCUGGCUGCUUCCACAGCCGCCUCUCUGGCAUCAUCCCUGCCUCUGAGGGACGUAAUGGAUGCAAAUGAAGACAUUAAGCACAGGGACAGCAGCGAGAGAGGCUCGAACGAGUCCAUGGGCAGCGGCUCGUCCUUUGAAGAGCUUGACAUGGAUCAGGAGGAGCAGGAGGCGGGAGGAGAGAGGGAAGAGAAGGGAGAUGGAGAUGAGGCGGAGGUCCCCGAGGGUGAAGACGGAGCUAGAGAAGCGGUUGAACUGGUGGCUGAGAACCAAGAGCCCUUGGGGGAUGGAGAGGAGUAGGGAGGAUGCUGAAGAGAUAAGAGAUGAGGCCGUGUAACACCGGCGUGCUAGAGAGUUUCUCGGUUGUUGCUGGUUAUCUGUCAUGUAAUCUUGUUGGUGGAUCUAAAGCUGUUCAUGCCAUGACCAACAUGCCGUAUUUCUGCGCCUUCUAAUUCUCUUUUUGAAGCCUGUAGUACUUUUUUGUUAUACUAUAAUCUCAUUUUUAAAAAUAAUUCCUGAUCCUAUAUUUAAACUAAACCAGGAUAGAACAACAGACAGCCACAGUUUUAUUGAGUAAACCUAAUUUUUCUCUGCACAUGGCGUGCAGCAAAUGAGAAACAAGAUUUGUUCAAAUCUAUAUUUCCUUUCAGACUGUAAUCCUGUGUGAAUCCCCCACCAUUCCUGUUCAGAUUAGAAGUGGCACUUCAGUUUAAGAUUAGCCCAAAAGGAAGGACACUGAUGCCGGCUAUCCUGGAUCAUCAUACAGCAUCUUUUUGCCCGUGUGCGACAGUUGAUAUUGUACCCCACUUUCAAGGUCACGCCCUGAGGUUUUUAAUGUAACGUGUUGGUGUGCAUUACCCGACUUUGGUGUCUUGAUAUACAGUAAUAAUGGGGUGAAAAUGUGCCGGAGCUAAUGCCGUAGAAAUUUUGAUGGACCUAUUUCAGUGUGUUAUUCUGUUUUUUUUGUCACACAGGGGAAAAUUCUGAAGUCUGAGGCAGAAAAACUUUCAUCAACAACAAUAAAGAAACAUCACCGAAGCCUCCAAAUCACCAGGACUAGGAUUUAAUAAUGCAAUUCGAAGAUGUAAACUUGUCCCCUUGGAUACUGUAGUGUACAGAACUUUUAUUGUCACACUGUGCUCAGAUAAUUGCUUUAGUUUUUUAACGUAACUUUCUCUUCUAUAGUCGGUUUGUUGAACCACUCUGUUUGUAGCCAAAAUUCACUCUCUUCCAGAGACUAGUUGUGAUGUGUUUGUACGUAGGUUGAAGUUGUUGGUGCUGUGAGGCAUUGGGAGAAAUGUACAGCACAUUGCCAUGGUGGUGUCUUUCUGUCUGUAAUAAAAUUUUAAAAUGAAAAGUUAAAAAAAACAUAUAACCCUUAUUCUAUACAGUCGUCUGUAUUAAAACUUAAAAUUGAGGUUAUUUUUUAAAAAAGGUA